CGGCGGGUCGGAGGAGCCGGUGAGGCGGUGCCCGGCCAGGACUCCCCGGUCGCCGGCCUCACAUCGGAGGGAGCUGCCGGUUCCCGUCCGCCGGGCGGCUGCGCUCGCCUCUCCUCUCCCCGGCUACGGGGGAGCAGCUGUCCCGGCCUUGCUGCCCGCCGCGGCGGGUCCGCGCCGAUGAUGUCGGGGCAGUCGAUCACGGACCGCAUCACGGCGGCGCAGCACAGUGUCACCGGCUCGGCCGUGUCCAAGGCUGUCUGCAAGGCGACGACCCACGAGGUGAUGGGCCCCAAGAAGAAGCACCUGGACUAUCUAAUACAGUGCACAAAUGAAAUGAAUGUGAAUAUUCCACAGUUGGCAGAUACACUCUUUGAGAGAACUGCAAACAGUAGCUGGGUUGUAGUGUUCAAAGCUCUAAUUACAACACACCACCUCAUGAUGUAUGGAAAUGAGCGCUUUAUCCAGUAUCUUGCAUCCCGAAACACUUUGUUCAAUUUAAAUAACUACCUGGACAAAAGUGCCAUGCAGGGCUACGAUAUGUCUACCUUCAUUAGGCGAUAUAGCAGAUACUUGAACGAAAAAGCACUUUCAUAUAGACUUGUAGCAGUUGACUUCACCAAAAUGAAAAGAGGGAUAGAUGGAGUGAUGAGAACCAUGAAUGCUGAAAAGCUUCUGAAAACCCUUCCAAUCAUACAGAACCAGCUUGAUGCACUCCUUGAUUUUGAUGCAAAUCCAAAUGAACUAACAAAUGGUGUUAUAAAUGCUGCCUUUAUGCUCCUCUUUAAAGAUUCCAUUAGACUUUUUGCAGCAUACAAUGAGGGGAUUAUUAAUCUUUUAGAAAGAUAUUUUGAUAUGAAGAAGAACCAGUGUAAAGAAGGCUUGGAUAUUUACAAAAAAUUUCUAGCCAGAAUGACCAAAUUGUCAGAAUUCCUCAAAGUAGCCGAGCAAGUUGGAAUUGAUAAGGGAGACAUUCCAGAUCUUACUCAGGCACCAAGCAGCUUACUUGAAGCACUGGAACAGCAUUUGGCUUCUGUAGAGGGAAAGAAAACUAAAGAAGUCUCCGCUGCCAUCAGAGCUACUGCCCUAUCCAGGGCUGUCUCCACACUUGCCUGUACAGGAAUGCUGUUUAGGAAGAUGGAUGAGAAAGAAAAACAGCAGGCAUUGGAGGAGGAGCAAGCUAGACUGCAGGCACUUAAGGAGCAGCGAUUAAGAGAGAUUUCUGUAGUAUCGAAUUCCGUUUCCAGAUCAGCAUCCCCAAGCACCUUAUCAGAAAAAAGUGUGAAUACCACUGUAGCUGUUGACCUCUUUUCAGUACCAGCACCCACAACAAAUAGCAUGCCCAACCUUUCUAGUGACCUUUUUGAUCUUCAGCCUGCGUUUGUUCCAGCUGUGCAGAGUACUCCAGUUAUACCCACAUCACCAAGCAGUGCUUGGGGAGGUCCUUUCUCGUCCUCAAAUGGUUGUGUUGGUUCUCCACCUCAUCUGGACAUCUUUGACAUGAAGCCAGUUGAAGAAGCUGUAAAAUCUGCCACCCCUUUCAUCAAUUCUGCUUUUUCCUCCAAACAAACGGUGGAACUGUUUAGUGAUGACUUUAGUGGUCAAACACCUACAUAUGCUUCUGUGUGUCAUCCUCUGACUGUUGAUGGUUUUCCUCUUCAUUCAGCUCCUCCAACAAUUAACGUGGACUUUGAUGCUGUUUUUGGAGGAAAAUCUACAGCACCAGAGUACAGGACUACAAAUGAUGAUGUAUUGCAACCCACAGGACCACCACAGAGUCAAAGAGCCCCUUUAGCCAGCCAGCAGAAUGGAAAAAUUCUGGCAAAUGACCUCGAUUCUUCACUUGCUAAUCUAGUGGGAAAUCUUGGCUUUGGAGGAACUCCGCCCAAAAAAUCGGAUAUGCAGUGGACCCAGCCUACAGAGAAAAAACUUACUGGUGGAACGAACUGGCAAGCAAAAACAAACACAUUGACCACAUGGAGCCCUACUCCCUUACCCUCUAUUCCACAUAUGAAUGGAGUACACUAUCCUGGAUAUGUACCUGCUCCUAUCACAUACCCACUGACCACACCUCAAGUGCCUGUAUACGGAAUGGUACCUCCUCAGGUUGGAGCUGCUCCUUUGAUGGCACCCCAGACAAUGAUGUAUACACAGCCUGGUCUAAGGCCAACAAACCCUUUUGCACCUGUUUCUGAAACUCAGAUACAGUUUAUGUAGAGCCGCCAAAGCAGCAAGAUGUGAGAACAACCAAAUACUGGUAAAAAAAAAACCACAAAAAAAGACAAGACUGAAUUUUGAUCUUUCCAUGAUGUAUUCCUGAACAGGGCAACUGUUUCUUCCCUGUAUAAUACAAUAUUAGUUUGAAUUUCAAUGCUUUCAAGGUUCUUGUUUAUAACAGUCACUGCAGUGUGAAUGUUUGUUCACUGAUCUUUUUUUCUUCCUUCAAACUGCUCAGCAGAAAACUGUAUUUUAUUGAGGUUGACUCAGAAGGUUCAAGCUGAAUUAUCAUCUUCAGAGCUGAGAUGGAGGGGUAUCAUGAUUGCUCUGCAACCUUACUCAUCAGUGGAUUACCAUAGGAAGUUAACAGAGGAUAUCAAAGCUAUUUAUUUUCUCCAUACAAAUUCUGUGGCUGUUGUAACCAAGACACAACACAAAUGAAGUCGAGCAAUAAAAUUUUUAUGUGCUCUAAUGAA